UGAAUGACGUCACUGUCAGCUGUGCUUGUGGACACAGACCCACUCGAAUUUGUUUGAAUGUUUACUACUCUCCGCUUAUAAACUAGAUUUUUUUUUACAUAGCAUAGUCCGCAGGCAUCUUGAAAUUCUCCCCAAAUUAUACGUGAUGUUAACAAGCGGCCUGCUCUUCUCUACCACCUGGAAGAAUACUUUUGUGCUGUUAUUUUUAAGAGGAGGCUGUUGUGACUAUACUGACUUGUGAGAUAGCUGAAGAUUUGUAGGUGAAAUCUGAGGUUACCCAGCUUGGCAAUGUUUACAUAUUUGUGUAAGAGUACUGCACUUGUUUUUGAAUGGUUCAAAGUGUGAUGCCGAGUAUAACUGGGCCGUUCGUGUUGGGCGGUGGAAGUGGUGGAGCAGGAGACAGAGAAAAUAGUGACGGUGGAGGUAAUCGUGGAGGAGGGAGGAGCAGUGGAGUGUCCCGGCCAAUGUCCAACGAGGAAUGUGGUAUCCGAGAAGUAUGGGCACACAAUAUGGAAGAGGAAUUUCAUCACAUCCGUCGCAUUGUGCACCAGUAUCCUUAUGUUGCCAUGGACACAGAAUUUCCUGGCGUGGUUGCACGGCCAAUUGGUGAAUUCCGAAGUAAUGCAGAUUACCAGUACCAGCUUCUACGAUGCAAUGUGGACCUGCUCAAAAUUAUCCAGUUGGGUCUAACUUUCCUAGAUGAACAGGGCAAAACACCACCUGGAUUUAGCACUUGGCAAUUUAAUUUCAAGUUUAAUCUUACGGAGGACAUGUAUGCGCAAGACAGUAUAGACCUGCUGCAGAAUUCUGGACUACAGUUCAAAAAGCACGAAGAGGACGGAAUUGAGCCAGUUAACUUUGCGGAACUUUUAAUGACGUCUGGAAUUGUGUUGUUUGAUAAUAUCAAGAUGCUCUCCUUCCACAGUGGGUAUGAUUUUGGAUACCUGUUGAAACUGCUAACAGAUCAGAACCUACCGUCAGAAGAAAGUGAUUUCUUUGAUCUUCUCAGACUCUACUUCCCCUCUAUAUAUGAUGUAAAGUACCUGAUGAAAUCCUGUAAAAACCUGAAAGGAGGACUACAGGAAGUUGCGGAACAGCUUGAACUUGAGCGUGUGGGUCCUCAGCAUCAAGCUGGGUCAGACUCACUUCUUACAGGUGCAGCCUUCUUCAAAAUGAAAGAGAUGUUUUUUGAAGACAAGAUUGACGAUGCAAAAUACUGUGGUCAUCUAUACGGCCUCGGGACUUCCUUUGUUGUGAACGGCAACUCAACAGCUUCAUACACAGACAAUGGUCACACAUCAGACUCAACGUCCAAUUCAUAGUGCAUUGGAAGAUCCCAGCACACCUGCCAUGUGUACAGACUUUUUGUCGUGCAGAAACUUUUGCAGACAUGCCUAAAUCCUUAUGACACAACCAGCUGAAUGAGUGAAGGGUAACUUAACAUUUUUGACAGAUUACAGAUGUUCAUAGAUGUGGCCCCUCAGCUGAGUUUAACGUUUCUAUUCUAAGGCACUUAAUGUGCCAUCUCGUGGCACCAGUUUUAUUUUUAUUUCCAUAUAUAUAUAUAUUUUAGAUUUAUGUGCUCACUCUCUCUUACUUGUUACUCCUGGUGAGUAAAUAGUGGUCCAGAGGUCCAGAGCCUUAAUUGGUGAUGAUGCAGAUACAAAUUUUAUUCGUAAUUUGUGUAAAAUAUAAUCCUAAAGCCAAAUUUGAGAAUCUGUUUGUGAAGAAAUAUUUUACAGUUGAUACGACAGUUUUUUUUUUUUUUUUUUACCUAGUGAUAGGGAGAACUGAAGAGAAGUAGAAUAAUAUUUCAUUUUUAAUCCUGUGCUUGAAUGACUAAUUGAAAGUGUGGGUUGGUAAUAUGCUAUGCAAAUCAUUCAUAUAAUUUACUCAAAUUGGUAAAACAUGUUUUAGUAUAUAGGUUUAGCUAAAGAGAAUAUUUGAACAUUUUUUAUAAAAGAUAUCCAAACUGGACAUAAGGAAUUGGUGUUAGGAAUUGGUAUUAAAACUACUAAAGACAGUCUUUAAAAUCAUGUUCUAAAUAACAAAUGGUAUGGAUAAAUUGUCUUCUUCCAAUCAGGGAGAAAUUGUCCAAUAAAAAGUUGAUGUUUGAGUGUCAAACUGCAUUGAAGAGGAAUACUAGUACCAAUUUAAAAAUUUAUUCAUAAAAAUUGUUACAAAUUUUUGUUGGUGAAACUUAACCAUUAUUGCAAUAUUUUAUUUCAUAUGGAAGUAUAUUUGUGUUGAAAUGUGUACUUUGUGGAAAGUAUCUUGCAUAAAUACAAUAACAUCAAAUCGAUAGGUUCUGGAAAUGUUCAGUUCUACUGCAGUCGGUGUGACAUUUUUCAAAGAUUUUUGUAAUGAAAUAAUUUUAGAUUUUAAAAUACUUAUUUGAAUAUUUAAAAACUAUAAUAAUUUGAAUUACAUACAUUAGGGCUGAUUUUUUUCCCCCCAACAUUUCCAGAGUGCUCCUCAAGUAAGAAAGUGUUGCAAAACAAAUUUUCAUGCAGCAACAUAUGAACAUUUAAAUUUUCAUAUUGGUAUAACAUACAGUACUUGUAGUUUCAAUGUACACAUAUAGCAACAACUGCUACAGAUUUUAAAACAUACUUCACAUACUACCUGGAAAUUCCUAACGAAAAAAUAAAUUAAAAAAGUGUAUGAAAUAUUAGACAAGUUAACUUUUUUUUAGUAAAUAUAAAGACUCAAAUCUCCUCCCAGCUUUCAUUUUUUUUUCAGCCACCUCCUCUCUUUCUUGGCCCUCUUUUUCGGCCCUCUUUUUCGGCCCUCUUUUUCUGUUUAUCUUUUUUUGCUCUUCUUUUCUCUUUUAUAUAUUUUUUUUCUUCUGACCUCCCAACCUUCUUUCUUUUCAAUCGGUACUGCUCCUCUUCUCUCUUUUUCAUCUUUCUUUUUCUUCUUUUUCUUUUAAUUCUCUUUAUUCUCUCUUUCACCCCAUCUACUCCCAUUCUUCCUCUCUCUCUCCUCUCCUUGUCCUCUGCUCACCUCAUUUUUUCUAUUCCUUCUAUUGGAAAUAUAAGUUCUGAGUUUUUAUACAGUACAGUAUAUGAAUGUGAAAGAAUUGUUAAUAAUCAAUUCUCACAAAAAGCACUCUUGCCUAUGUUUCUGAACUGCAAUUUGCAUCUCAUAUCAACGUCCAUCACACCGCCAAUUAACAACUGCCACUCUUAUUUUCACGUAUUUCUAAAUCCCCCAUCCCCUCGGCCCUAGUUCAAAAUUCAUGCUCAAAGGAAAUUAGUUCGUAAAAGCAUUUACAUAUUCAGAUUAGUUCUCUAGUUGAAGUUUUUAAAAUUUGGGUCAUUAAGAUCAAAAUUAUACCCAUACCCACUUCAACUUGAGUAUGUCUUCAGAUUUAGGGCCCAGUCCUCCAUUGCUGUCAUUUACGUCCAGUUUAGAUGUAAAAUCCAAGCUUAAGGUGACUGAAAGGGCAGGGUUCAGCUUGGUAAAUGUUUCAUGCCUUGAUCCUCAAGCAGUAUACAAUAUACCGAGUACUUGUGUGGUGUUCUUCCCUGGUGGAGAGAUUCGAAAGCUCUCAAUCUGGAUUUGGGCUCUUAGAUAUUGAAGGCCAAUAAUCAUUACAGUAUAAUUAAUAAGCCACUCAGGUGUUUAGGAGGUUAGACUAUUGUUUUGGGAUUGAAGCAUUAGAUAGUUUUUAUAAGGAAUUUUAUUGUAUGCUAUUAAUAUCAAACAUUUCUGUCAUGUGUAAUGUUCAGUCAUUCAAUCAUUUUGGUAUACAGUACUUACAAAAGAUGAACACAAACAAGAAAAUUUAAUAUCUUGGAUAUAUGAAAGUAUACACUGCCCAAUAUUUCUUUCUGUGAUGGGAAAAAUAAGAUAGAAUAUUAGCCAGUGGCAUGGCACCUCUUUACAUAUUGAGAGAUCACUGAACUCAUACUAAUCAUUUUGUUUAGAACACACAGGUACUUUAUAAUAUGUAAGUGAACUAGAAUGAAGCAAGUAAUAUAAGGCUGUUAUUUAGCUUAUGUAUUUCAAUUUCAUCACAAUAGCGAUAAAAUUGUAUCUGGAUUUACUUAAAAAUUUGAGCUAUUCCUGGCCUAUAAAUGUUUUAUGCAGUUCAUUAUUUCAUUGGAAGGUUUUAUAACAUUAGCUAAAAGUCAUUUUGUGCUCUAAUUUCAGUCUGUUAAUCAAGAUAACAUUUGUUUAUAUAAUCGAUAAGAAACUGAUCAAUCAUUGCAGUCUCAUCAACAUCGAAUGUACACUUACUUUUAAAAAGUAUGAAGUUUAUUCUUAAUAUGUUGUUGAUUCUUCAUAAAUAUUGAUAAAAGAGGUAACAUUUUUUGUGAAGAGAUUUUCAUACAUUCAUUUUUUUGUAAAAAAAAAAAAUGUUAACAUAGGACUUUCAUGUCCAUUUUAAGUACAACUGAAGUAAAAUCCUAGAGGGUAAUUGGAACUUUAUCAGCAGCAGCAUUAUUAAAUAAAGGUAUAACACACCUAUACUUAAGUAAUGCAUUCCAGCCAGAAUUGUCAUUAUCCGAACAUUAGAUAUGGAUGUGUUAACGUGUACAAUUGCUGGUGAUAAACUCAACAGUUCAUAAAAUUAAUAUAGGUCACACAUCUUUAUUAAAAUCUGGUGUCUGGAUUUAUCAUAAUUCUGGUUGAGUGUUCUUAACAAUUGAUAUAUGGCUGCAUUUAUUGUAAAAUACUGUAUGUAUUCUUUUGUAACUGAGGUGUGGCUAUUUGGGUAUUUAGCUCCAAAUAGGUAUAAUAUUUUAAAUGAACAAUGAUUUCUACUUACCUAAGAACCAUUAACUGUAAGGAAUUAAAUUUUGGAGUAUGUUAGUGAGCCCAUCACUCUUAAGUGGGAAAUAAGGGAACAAAUGUUAGGCUGGUGUGAGUUAAGGAUUAAAGUACAUGUGGAUUUGGCAGACCGAAAAUCACUGAAUUCUCUAGACUUAACAGUGAAGGCACAUAGCCAGUGUAGAAAUUUGAAAGUUAUGCACUUUUAUAAGGUUGUGUUGGGAUAAUUCCACAUCUUCAGUGUCAACUUGAACUCUGAAUCACUAUUUUUGAAAGCUGAAUGAUUUAGUGAGAAAAUUGAAGUAGAUCGUUAUGCACAUGAAGUGGUGUCAGGUUUGGCAAUGGACAGCAAGAAUGUACAAUUACAUCUUUAUAGAUUGUGGUAAUGGACACAAAUUUGAGUUUUUUAAGUAAUUCAAACAAGUGUGAAUUGAAAGGUUAUAGAGAAUGGCAGACUAUAAAAACAGAAUGGAGAGAAGAUUGUACUGACAAGGUUAAUAAGGAGAAAUGGAAGAUCAGCAAGUUUGCAAGCUGUGUUAUUUUGACUGUGGAGUCAUGUGUUUCUAUAUAUGUACUAUUAGUUUAUGGCUUACAUAUCCUGUAAAGUGAUUAACAUUUGAAAUGUGACAUAGCAUUUAAAUAGUUAUUUUUGCAAAUUUUUUGAGUAUUAGUAUUAAAUGUACACAGUCUGAAUUGGAAGAUAAAACUUAAUCACUUUAAGGGGUUUAGAGUAUACAAAUGUCAUCCAUUUCUGAAAUUUAUUUCAGAAGGUGUAUUAUUUUUAUUGGAAAUGCUUUAUAUUAAAAUUUAAUAAAAGUUUUGAAUUAUGUUGUCUGAGAAACUUAUGUAUAAUGUACUCUUGUUUUGCAUCUUUUCAAGAGAAAGUAAAAUGCUAACUAUUUUAUUAUAUUAUGAAAGGCUUUACAUAUCAUUAUAUUUGGAAGCAUUUCAUGUAGUUGCUCAUGUUAAAUUUCUUCUGAAUAACAUCCUUCUAAAUUCUGAAUUUUAAACCAACAAAUAUUCAGUGACUAGUAGCUGUAUUUCUUGAACUCUGUGUAGAUUUAAUAUUAUGCAAAAGGUCUACUAAAAUGCCAUGACAGAUAUUGUAAAUGUUAUAUGCAUUGAUAAUAGGUACUUUUGUUUGGUGCACCAUAAAUGUGAUGACUGUAGUGGUACCAAUCAUUCUGAUACUUAGUCUUCAAGCAAAUAAUACAUCAUUUUAAAAUGGGUUUUUGGAGUGGAUUUUGAGCUACACUGUAAGGUGCUUAAAGUCUUAGAAACUUUUUACUUGGUAUUCAGAAUCACUGAUCAGAUAUUUUUAUUAAAAAAAUAAUAGACAACCAACCAAAGAGAAACUGUGAUAAUGUUUCAGUUUUUUUUUUUUUUUUUUUUUAGCCGACUUUGUUUUUUUGAUUGCAAGUACAGUGUAAUGCUGCCAUGUUAAUUGUAGGAAUCAAUGUGGGGUAUUUGUAAAGAAUUGGGCAAAUGUUUUGGAUGUCUGGCAAGCAUUUUUAAAGGUUAUUUGUUUUAAUUAUGUAUUUGUUGUUAAAAUAAUCUCUUAACUGUUUGGUGUAUUUUCUCUAUAGCUUUAAAAUAUUCUUUGAAAUGUUUAUUUAUGCCUUUUUUUAUUAUUAUUUUCUGUUUUGAGUAAUUGACAUCAACCUUGCCAUUGCAAAGGUACAUUCCCAAGGACCAACUUGCUCUGUAAACACCCUCAUAUAUAAGUGAUUGAUAUAAAAACAUUUGAGAACCGAGAUCAAUUUUUUUUUUUUUUUUUUUUUUUUUUUGCACCAUACAACACUCAGAUUGAAAUUUGUAACUUUAUUAUUUUAUUUUAAAUGUACUAGAAAAAAAAAGGAUGAAAACUUGUCUGGUUUUGUAAACAUUUCAGGAGGUUGGGUCACAGUUGUCUAGUCAGAAAAUGUUUUUAGCGUAUUCAAAGAAAAUGUAAAAUAUUCAUGCUUUUUAGUAUAUCUUUUGUAAUAUUUUAUAUAUAGCUUCCACUUUUGUUCUUUUAUUAAAUAAAUGAGAAAUUAUUGGUCUAUGUGAGUAAUGAUAGAAAAUCAAACAGAUACUUUACAAUUAGAAAUGCUAAUUCAUAGGAAUCACAACCUCCACUAAAUUUACCCUUUCAUUUUAACUGUUCUCUUGGUGUGUAAAUAAUUUUAAUCAUUUUAGCAGCUUGCAAACCUGUUGUUUAUAUAUUGAAGGCAUGGAAAGAAUAGAUCUUGUUUUGUAACAAACAUA